CUUCACGAUUUCUUAACCAAAUCUUCUUCCCUCCUCCCGAAAUGGGGGGGGAGAGCGUUGGAGUGAGAGUCAGAGAGUGAGGGAGAGCCAACCCCGCCGUGAUCCUUCUCCCAUUUGACGCCAUGAUUCAUCGAUCAACAUCCUUCCUUCGGCUCCUGAAGAGGGGUAGGGAGGCCUUCCCCUCUGCUGCUCAUUAUCGGUUCCUUUCGUCUGCGGCAGACGUAGCGGCCACUCCCACGGCGGACUCCGCCUUCAUCGAAGCAUGGAUGAAGAUCGUGCCUAACAUCGACCCACCUAAAACUCCUCUCUCCUUCAUGAGUCCCCGCCCGCCUGUCCCUUCCUCCAUUCCCUCCAAACUCACCGUCAAUUUCGUGCUUCCCUACCAGUCGGAGCUGUCGUCCAAGGAGGUUGACAUGGUCAUUAUCCCAGCUACGACAGGGCAGAUGGGAGUCUUGCCUGGCCAUGUUUCAACAAUUGCCGAAUUGAAACCUGGAAUUGUCUCAGUUCACGAGGGAAACGAUGUGACGAAGUAUUUCAUUAGCAGUGGUUUUGCGUUCAUCCAUGCAAAUUCCUUUGCAGAUAUAGUUGCUGUAGAAGCAAUGCCAAUUGACCGUAUUGAUCCAAGUCUGGUCCAGAAGGGGCUGGCUGAUUUUCAACAUAAGCUAAACACAGCAUCAACUGAGCUAGAGAAGGCGGAAGCACAAAUUGGUAUAGAUGUUCAUAGUGCCCUUAAUUCUGCUCUUGCUGGUUAAACUGUGUACCCUGGUGCCCUUUUUUUCUUGCUGGAGUAUGCUUGUUAAAGGAAUUAGUUGGUUUUUUCUUUUUGCACCGACUGUGUUGUCCCUUGGGGGUUAAUUUGGCCUCUUCUCAUUUGAAUUACCAUUUGGAAUAACCAAAUUUUCUUGCUUCAUUUAAUUACAGAUACAAAAUUUGGCUUGUUUCCAAAUGGUGUUUUAGUUUCUAUUUCUAUUACAUUGUUUUGAACCAGUGACUGCAUUUAUUUCUGACGGAACAUAUAUUGGUGAUUUCUUGAAAGUUUUCA